GAAACGAGUCUCUCCUCAGUGGAAGUGAAGGAUUGAGAGAGAGAGAGGGAGGGAGAGAAAGAGAGAGAGAGAGAGAGACGAGGGGGAAAGUGAGCUGGGCUCCAGUGAGGAGGGAAGAGACAAACCAAGACAGACGGAGACAACUUUCCUCUCCACACUCCCGCAGUGUUUUCUACACGGAGUGUGCGUCUUUUUUUAUUUGGACGCACAAGUCCCCCUGCUCAGACUCGUAGGAUUUGUUUGAAUCUUGGAGGAGCUCGACAACUUGAAUCAGUGCGAGCUGUGGAUGUGAAGAGCGGCUGGAGGUUUUAACACAGAGCCGGAGGAAUGUACCCAACUCGGGCAGCGGCGUGCCAGCGUCUGGGGAGAUGUCCAGGCUGCGCUCUCUGGAUCGUCCUGCUCCUCCACUGCGUCCUGGACCUGAGCGCGUCUGGGUCUGAGUUUUCCCAAGACCCCAGUGUGCUUGCCACCGCUUCAUGGAGCACCUCUAGUGAUGGUCCCUUCUUCAUCCGUCUCGAAGCUCCCCUGAACAACAUCACCACCUCUCUGGGCCUCACGGCCGAGCUCUUCUGUCGAGUGCUCGGCAACCCGCCCCCCGCUGUGCGCUGGCUGAAAAACGACGCCCCCGUCGUGCAGGAGCCCCGGCGCGUCUCCUACCGCUCCAUGCCGUACGGGUCGCGGCUCCGGAUCCGCAACCUGGACACCACGGACACGGGUUACUUCCAGUGCGUGGCCACUAACACCCAGGGCACCGUGUCCACAACGGGGGUGCUGUUCGUCAAAUUCGAUCCACUCCCUACACCUCUGGCAGGAAGGCCAACGGACGAUUUCGACGAAGAGGGAUUCUGCCAGCCGUACAGGGGCAUAGCCUGCGCGCGCUUCAUCGGCAACCGCAGCAUCUUCGUGGACUCUCUGCAGAUGCAGGGCGAGAUAGAGACGCAGAUCACAGCGGCCUUCACCAUGAUCGGCACGUCCAACCAUUUGUCCGAUCGCUGCUCCCAGUUCGCCAUCCCGUCUCUCUGCCACUUCGCCUUCCCGACGUGCGACCGCAGCUCGGGAACGGAGAAACCCCGGGACCUGUGCAAGGACGAGUGCGAGAUCCUGGAGAACGACUUGUGCAAGACGGAGUACAUCAUCGCCCGCUCCAACCCUCUGAUCCUGAAGAGACUGAAGCUGCCGAACUGCGACGACCUGGCCGCCUACGACAGUCCGGAGGCAGCGAACUGUCUGAGGAUAGGCAUCCCCAUGGCCGAGCCCAUUAACAAGAAUCACAAGUGUUACAACAACAGCGGAGCAGACUUCCGCGGGACGGUCAGCGUGACCAAGUCGGGUCGUCAGUGUCAGCCGUGGAACUCGCAGUAUCCCCACAGCCACACCUACCUGGCCCUCCGCUAUGCAGAGCUGAACGGGGGACACUCGUACUGCCGCAACCCAGGGAACAAGCACGAGGCCCCCUGGUGCUUCACGCUGGACGAGGGGGUCCGCAUGGAGCUGUGUGACAUACCCAUCUGUGACCAUAAAGACAUGUCUGGCGGCGGCAACAUGGAGAUCUUGUACAUCCUGGUUCCCAGUGUGUCCAUCCCGUUAGCCAUCGCCCUGCUCUUCUUCUUCAUCUGUGUGUGCCGCAACAACCAGAAGGCGGCCAGGCCUCCCGCCCCCCGCCAGCCAAAGCCAGUGCGAGGACAGAACGUGGAGAUGUCCAUGCUCACAACCGCGUACAAGCCGAAGAAUAAAGCCAAAGAGCUUCCCCUGUCGGCCGUGCGCUUCAUGGAGGAGCUCGGCGAGUGCACCUUGGGGAAGAUCUACAAGGGUCACCUGUAUCUGCCCGGCAUGGACCAGGCCCAGCUCGUGGCCAUAAAGACCCUGAAGGAUCUGUCCAGUACGCAGCACUGGGGCGAAUUCCAGCAGGAGGCGGCAGUGCUGACCGAUCUGCAGCACCCAAACGUGGUGUGCCUGCUGGGUGUGGUGACCCAGGAGCAGCCCGUCUGCCUGCUGUUUGAGUUCCUUCCCCAAGGCGACCUCCACGAGUUCCUCAUCAUGCGCUCGCCGCACUCUGACGUCGGCUGCAGCAGCGACGAGGACGGCACGGUGAAGUCCAGCCUGGAUCAUGGAGACUUCCUGCAUAUGUCCAUACAGGUGGCUGCUGGGAUGGAGUACCUGGCUAGUCACUUCUACAUCCACAAAGACCUCGCGGCUCGGAACGUUCUCGUGGGCGAACAGCUUCACAUCAAGAUUUCUGACCUGGGUCUGUCCAGAGAGAUCUACUCGUCGGACUACUUCUGUGUCCAGCCCAAGACGCUGCUGCCCAUCCGCUGGAUGUCCCCCGAGGCCAUCAUCUACGGCAAGUACACCUCCGAGUCGGACAUCUGGUCGUUCGGAGUGGUGCUGUGGGAGAUCUUCAGCUACGGCCUGCAGCCCUACUACGGCUUCUCCAACCAGGAAGUGAUGGAGAUGGUGAGGAAGAGGCAGCUGCUGCCCUGCCCGGAGGACUGCCCCCCCAGGUUCUAUGGUCUGAUGACUGAGUGUUGGCAGGAGGGACCAGGACGUAGAACGAGGUUCAAGGACAUCCACGCCCGCCUGCGAGCCUGGGAGGGGCUGUCGUCCCACGCCAGCUCCAGCACUCCCUCUGGUGGCGGGGGCAACGCCACCACCCAGACCACGUCGCUCAGCGCCAGCCCCGUCAGCAACCUCAGCAACCCCCGUUACGCCGCUGCUGCCGCCGCCGCCGCAGGGUACCUGUACCCGGCCCAGGCUAUGCCCACGCCAGCCCAGAUGGCUCAGAUUCCAGGCUGGGCUCCCAUGGCUGUGCCCACAACUCACCAGCGCUUCAUCCCCGUCAACGGAUACCCCAUCCCCACUGGAUACGCCGCUUUUCCUGCCCACUUCGCUCCCCCUGCUCCGCCCACCAGGGUAAUCCAGCACCACCUGCCACCUCCCAAAAGCCGCUCGCCCAGCAGCGCCAGCGGCUCCACCAGCACGGGUCACGUCAGCGGCGUGCCCUCCACCACAGGCUCCAACCACGACGCCAACGCGCCGCUGCUCUCCCACUGCAUCAUGCCGGGCAGCGGCGGGGGGUCGGUUCAGGUGUACGGACAACUUACCCAGAAGGGGAUGGGACACCUGGACCACGGAACACACACGUCGGCGCUGCUCACUGCUGAUCACGACGUGCUGAUGUACGACACGGUCAUCACCGCAGACCUGUAGACGGACGGACGGACGGACACUCACACACACGUUGGGGCCUCUCACCCAGUGACCUGCUAUAAGAAUUCUCUGGUCGGACAGGGAGCGAACAGAAAACAGGUUCUGGAAGCAAGAAACACUGUCGCAGCCACACGAGUAUAUACACGGCUGUUUGACUUUUAAAUGCCUUCCUGUUUAAAGCAAGUGUCCUUACCGCCAUGGUUUGAAAAUGUCUUUAUUUUAACCUCUGUGUAAAUACGGUACAUAAGUCCUUGAAUGAAUGAAAUACAAAGAUAUAUAUUCAAAAAGAACUUUUUUUAUUAUGGAAAACACUUUAAAGGGGAAGAAGGAGCGAGUCCCACCCUGUGUUCCUCUCUGUGUGGUGCAACCUGACAAACGCGUGUCAACAAGGUACAGGCCUGUUUCCUGCAGGAUGCUGAGGAGACGCUGCCACGCCACUCGCUCCUUUCUGGACGUUGAAAUGGAAAAAAAAAGUGCUGCACAUCAAAGCUUGUGCAGUGAAAGAGAAGAUGCAUUCAGCAAGUGAUGGAAGAAUGAACGAAGCAGAGGUGUGGAGCUGCCCUGGAACUUCAGCCUUUUCAGAUUCUUACGUUGGAACUGUCCCACCGAAGCAGCUGAAAGUGAAACACACUCGUUCAUCCUCAUUUUCACACCCUUUCAGAAAUGACAACUGAAUGUUCAACAUGACUUUCUGAGACUUGGACACAGGCCUCUUUGCUUCUUUGUUUUCGUUUUUUGAAUUUAAUAGUAAACUGUGCGUCAGCCUCCUUUCAUUCCUCUACAUGAGGAAACCGAGCGUUAAGGCCUCUCCAUCCUGUCUGUGCCUCCCUCCAUCAUUUUGUCUGCGAUCUCACCGUCUCUACAUGGAUCCUCCAACCUGCGUGUGGAUCAACAUCCAAUCCCUCACAUCUACAAACGAAAUCACACACCAAACAUUUUCUCUUAUUGUAGAUUGGAUGUGAGUUUUUUUGAUUUUUUUCAGUGUCUAAAUUGUGAAGGAAUUUACAGAUGUUUAUUCACAGGGCUUGUCGUCAUAUCUCUGUUUUUACUUUCCUGGUUUUAUUGCAUCUGGAUUGUGCACAAACAAAACACUGAGGACAUCACACAAAGGAGGGAGGAUAGAAACAAUGAACUCUCACAACAACUAGUGGUAACAUUAACGAAACAGAAAUAAAAUAGUCCAACAGUCCCCUGAUGAAGCCACGUUUAAGUUCGCUACAUCCAGAUUUCUCACUCAUACAAAUAUUUCCCUGAAACGUCCAUUAAUUAUUCUCUGUGAAAUCAUCACAAAUGUUGAAAAGCAACAUAUCUUGCUUUUCAACAUUUGUGAUGAAAGAGGGAAAAAGAAAGAGGGAAAAAGGUUCCGCACCAGACCACUGAAAUUACAGCUGUUUACAUCUUAACUCAUCCAGUGUCCAGGUUUAUGUGAUCAUUUGUGGUUUUGAUGCAUUGUCUUGCCCGAUCCUCCUUUUGUGAUAUGAAGAAGUGUGUUUUUGUGAAUGAUUAACUCUCUAAUGCUGUAAUCACACCAGUGAUCUCAUCUGUCUGUUCUCAUUUCAUGAUGACGGUUGAUUUCAUCGCAGCAAACGGCUGAAUAUGAAGCUUUUUAUUUCUUAGAGGACAGAAUCUGCUGCAGCAAAACAAAACAGUUUGUGAUCUCGGUAGUGAAAAGUAAAGUAUCUGUGUAGGAGACAAUCAUUGGUUUGUUGAAUGUAGAUAAAAAAAAGACAGUUUUCUGUUGACUUUAAAUGUUAAGUUUGUCUGAUCUGUGAUCUGAUGUCACUUCAAGAAAGUGUAUCCAUCCAUCAGCUGUACUGAUCGACAUUGGAGGAGUCACAGCCGACAUUGGGCGAGAGGGAUGUGGAUUUACACCCCGGACAGUUCACCAGCUUAUCGCAGGCUGAGGUUUCGUUUGUCCUGAGAUUCAAACGUAAUAUCGUCAACAGAGAAGCCGAUUGUCUGUAACUAGUGACACGACAAGUUUAGACUUUUCCACCUUUGGUAGAGAUUCGUUCCUCGUGUCAAAUCCAGUGCAUCGCUCCGCCAAGGCCCAACCGUGCCCUUGAAUUGAAUCAAGCUGCACUAAAUUGUUCACACUCAUGUUCCCUGAAUGUGCCUGAUAUUUUAUAGAGAAGAUUAUUUUAUUAUUCCCAGGGAAAACAGGGAAAAUGUCAAAAAAAAAGGCUUCAGAUCUGCACCAAAAUUAGAUUUCUAACCGCAUCCUUCCACCAAGUCUGUUGAAAUCCAUUUUUUUAUAAUCUUGCUUUACAAACAAUCGGUACAUGAUAAGAACCAUGUCUCCGUACUGUAUCUUGUUCUCGUGUUUUCCUCUGAAGCAGACUGAGCUACCCAGACAUCUGAGUGGGGACACGUGGCCUCCUGCGUGUAAAGGAACGUACAUGUAUGUGUAAAACUAUAACAGUGCAAAUAAACCACUUGUACACAAGACUGUGAAUCUUGAUCAAGUCUAGGUACUUUUGUAUUUGGCAAAAACAAAUCGUUAUUGUACCUUUUAUUUUUUUAUUUUAUUCUUUUCUUUUUCAACACAAAAAAAAACCAGCAUAAAGAUCCGACAGUGUACCGAUCAGAAGGUUCGAACCCUUUUGACCACGAGAGGCCUUGUCUUUGUAUUGUGUCUGAACAUUUUUGCACAGAUGUUUUGUAUUGCAAAAUCAUGUAUUAAAUGAUGUUGUUUGGUUAAA